GACGAGUUGCACGUUGGGGCAGGCGCCUGGCGAGCUUUCCGGGCCGGUGCGGGCAGCGCUCGCGGCGGGAGGGCACGGAGCGGCGUCCUCCCCCCCCCCCCCAACACACACACACACACAGACACCCUUCCACCCAGCCCCAGGCCAGCCCGGCGGCGGGCGGACAGACGAACGGACAGCGGACGGACGGACAGCGGACCGGCACCCGCGGGGGGUCCUCAUGACCACACAGUAGGUGAUGAAAAGUGACAUCCUUGCCAUCACAGUGCCCCACUCAAAGUGCACCAGCUGUGCAGCCUUGGGCCUUUCCAACAUGCUGUGAAGAUGAGUGAGGAGACCCAGCCCAGCACACAAGGAUGAGGGUCCACACCCAGGAGGGCUCGAGUGAAGCUCACCCACCUCUGUAGCAUGACCACUCUGGGAAGGUGCUUCCCCCGGCCCUGGCAGGGCCGCUGACCCCCAGUUGGCAAGACGUGACAAGCAGGGCUCGGGACUCUUCCAGUGGAGGGUCCGCCGCCCUGCAGCUCCACGAUGAGGUUCCUUGUGACACCCCUCUUGCUAGCUUGGGUGGCUAGCGCCACUGCCGCUGUGCCUGUGGUACCCUGGCGUGUGCCCUGCCCCCCUCAGUGUGCCUGCCAGAUCCGACCCUGGUACACUCCCCGUUCAUCCUACCGCGAGGCCACCACUGUGGACUGUAAUGACCUGUUCUUGACAGCGGUGCCCUCAGCCCUCCCCUCAGGGACGCAGACCCUCCUGCUACAGAGCAACAGCAUCGUCAAAGUAGACCAAACGGAGCUUGCCUACCUAGCCAACCUCACAGAGCUGGACCUGUCCCAGAACAGCUUCUCAGAUGUCCGAGACUGUGACCUGCGGGCCUUGCCCCAGCUGCUGAGCCUGCACCUGGAGGAGAACCAGCUGAGCCGGCUGGAGGACCACAGCUUUGCCGGGCUGGCCAGCCUGCAGGAACUCUAUCUCAACCACAACCAGCUGGGCCGCAUCGCCCCCAGGGCCUUCGCGGGCCUCAGCAACCUGCUCCGGCUGCACCUCAACUCCAACCUGCUGAGAGCCAUCGACAGCCGUUGGUUCGAAAUGCUGCCCAACUUGGAGAUCCUCAUGAUCGGUGGCAACAAGGUGGAUGCCAUCUUGGACAUGAAUUUCCGGCCCCUGGUCAACCUGCGCAGUCUGGUGCUAGCGGGCAUGAGCCUGCGGGAGAUCUCCGACUAUGCCCUGGAGGGGCUGCAAAACCUGGAGAGCCUCUCCUUCUAUGAUAACCAGUUGGCCCAGGUACCCAGGCGGGCCUUGGAGCAGGUGCCUGGGCUCAAGUUCCUAGACCUAAACAAAAACCCACUGCAGCGAGUCGGGCCGGGGGACUUUGCCAACAUGCUGCACCUCAAAGAGCUGGGGCUGAAUAACAUGGACGAGCUGGUCUCCAUUGACAAGUUUGCUCUGGUGAACCUCCCUGAGCUCACCAAGCUGGACGUCACCAACAACCCUCGGCUCUCUUUCAUCCAUCCCCGCGCCUUCCACCACCUGCCCCACAUGGAGACGCUCAUGCUCAACAACAAUGCUCUCAGUGCCUUGCACCAGCAGACGGUGGAGUCUCUGCCCAACCUGCAGGAGGUGGGGCUCCACGGCAACCCCAUCCGCUGUGACUGUGUCAUCCGUUGGGCCAAUGCCACGGGCACCCGUGUUCGCUUCAUAGAACCACAGUCCACCCUGUGCUCUGAGCCUCCAGACCUCCAGCGCCGGCCAGUCCGCGAGGUGCCCUUCCGGGAGAUGACAGACCAUUGCCUGCCCCUCAUCUCCCCGCGAAGCUUUCCUCCCAGCCUUCAGGUGGCCAGUGGAGAGAGCCUGGUACUGCACUGCCGGGCACUGGCUGAACCAGAGCCUGAGAUCUACUGGGUCACCCCAGCUGGCAUUCGACUGACGCCUGCCGGUGCAGGCGGGAGGUACCGGGUGUACCCAGAGGGGACCCUGGAGCUGUGGAGGGUGACGGCACAAGAGGCAGGACUGUAUACCUGUGUGGCCCAGAACCUGGUGGGGGCCGACACUAAGACAGUUAAUGUAGUGGUUGGCCAUACUCCCUUCCAGUCGGGCAGGGACAAGGGACGGGGACUGGAGCUCCGGGUGCAAGACACCCACCCGUAUCACGUCCUGCUAUCUUGGGUCCCCCCUCCCAAUGUAGUCUCUACCAACCUCACCUGGUCCAGCACCUCCUCCCUUCAGGGCCAGGGCAACACUGCUUUGGCUCGCCUGCCCCGUGGCACCCAUCGCUACAACAUCACCCGCCUCCUUCCGGCCACAGAGUACUGGGCCUGCCUGCGAGUGGCCUUUGCGGAUGCCCACACCCAGUUGGCUUGUGUAUGGGCCAGGACUAAGGAAGCUUCUCUUUGCCACAGAGCCCUAGGGGACCGGCCUGGGCUCAUAGCCAUCCUGGCUCUUGCUGUCCUCCUGCUGGCAGCUGGGCUAGCAGCCCACCUUGGCACAGGCCAGUCCAACCAAGGAGUGGGUGGGCGGCCUCUCCUUCCAGCCUGGGCUUUCUGGGGCUGGAGUGCACCCUCGGUCCGGGUGGUGUCGGCACCCGUUGUCCAGCCUUGGAAUCCAGGGAGGAAGCCACCCAGAGGCUCAGAAGGGUUGACACAGUCACCACCAUUAUCUCAACAUUCCUGAACUUCAGCCAGUUCUCAGCAGUAAAGAAAUAAGUAGGACCACUUUUUACCAAAAGGGAAGCAAUCUGGGCCAGAUGCCCUGCCGAGAAAGUGGCACGGACCAUGUGCUUGAGGUCUGGCCACUGGACUAAGAUGCACACGGCUCUGUGGCACCUGGGAGCUGCUGUUACCUUUUGGGAAUCCUUGGCUGCCAUUCUGAGAAACAUCUCCAAGAAACAGGAAGGACUCUGCCUAGAGCCUCCCACCUCAAGGGGCUGCUGGGCCUCUGCCUGGCUGUGGCCUGCCUUUGUCCCCAGGCUCCUGGCCCACAGGAUAUGCCCCUUCCUCUUCUCUUUCUUUGUAUAGUCUCAGUUGCUUGCUCGUCCCCCUCCUGGGCAAGGGCUGAAGGAGGCCUCUCCUUCCCAUCUUGGGCCAUCUCCUUCCCAAAACGGGAGUGACCUCCAGCUGGAUCUGAAGGAUAUCUGGACAGAGGGAUGUCCAGGGAUGCCUGGGCUCAGAAAUUGACUUUCUAUAGGCAGUUUUGUACCUUCGUGGAGAAAUGUGUCACCUGUCCCCAAACCGAUUCAAUCUUUUCUCCUGUUUUGUAAAAAAUAAAAAUAAACAAUAACAACAA